UUGAUGCGUGCACGUUUUUCCACGUCAUGCAGCACAUCUUUAAUAAACGUCAGAAUCUGCUGAAAGUGAGAUCAUUGAUCAUAACGAAAAGCGAUCGAACGCGCAGACGCCGUCCGACUUCACCAUACCGCGAGUCGUAUCGAAAUCUCAUGUUCUCCUUGGCCUAAUUUUAUCAUCUAAACGUUCGACCGUUGAGCUCAAAAAUCAGACAUCUCCUAGCAGUCUACGAUUUAUCCAGACCUUUCUAAAAUUCUCGACACUUCGGGCGGACAUACCGACUUCACACAAGUUCUAUGCUUCUGGGCGCAAUUCAGAUCACCGCUAUAUGAGUGUCGCAGGCGGGCAUAUUGCGUGAACGAAGACGUUCGAGAUGUCCGACUUGGAAGAAUUACCUUCCCCAACCUCGGCGUGUUACCGUUCUGAAGUGUUGUUGGCAACCGACAGCGGAUGGUACCUUGUGGACAAGAGCGGCGUGCGCUUCUUGCAUCGCUCUUCGGAACGGCUGCGAUCACUAUGUCGGACUCACGGUAUAACCCCCGAAUCUGGCAUACGCGUCCGCGAAAGUGAAGUGUUCUUUUUGAAGACACAACGAGGUAGUGUCUCCCCGUACGGCAAAGUCUCGCCGACAAUACAAUCGUUUGACGUAACCACAGGCGGCACAUUGCAAAUGGUAGAAUUUCAAAACUAUUACCGAUUGUAUUUGGCUGGCGUAUUCGUGAAGAGCGGCCGCGCCUAUUACUGGAGCGGGUAUGAGCUAUAUGAAUUUACCAAAGAUGGAAAGCAGAAGCUUCUCUGUAAGGUUCGUAAUCCCAUCUCGAGUCUGGCGGUUACCGAACACAAGGCAGAGUCGUUGAAAUUUUAUUAUAAUAAUAUAAAGGGUAACGUGUUCUUUCAUAGCUGUACAGGUAACGGCGAUCCCAGGGCGACCACAAGUGUCGACUGCGGGAUGCAUUGCCAUCUCUUUGGGUCAGAUCGAAACAGUGUUUUCGGUUGGAAUUACAAAGAGCGACAGUUAUACGUUAUCAGUAACGGUUACGUCGCUCGAAAACGCUGUUGGAUGACUAAACCCGUCGAGAUGGUUAGCAGUGGCAGAAAUAUCUAUCUCUUGUUCGAUGGCCGCAUUGAGAUCGUUGAUACGGAUUCUUUGAGCAUAUCGACCUUGUGGAACAUUCCGAAAGGAUCACUAGCCGUCAGCGAGAGCAGCCGAACGUUUGCAAGCGUUGGACCAUAGUUAAUGAUGUCCUAUUUUCCUAAACUGGCACAAUUCGAUUGUAAAAAAAGAUUCUUCGUUUAAGCUCGUUUCACUUACACUCCGUCUGUUACCGGGUCUGUCAGUGACAAACGGAAUUACCACUUUGUUGUAAGUUUUUCAUGAUGUUUUUAAUUACCAAAUUUUUAGUAGUGUCAACCAAAAAAAACCAAGCCUAAAAUAUAAAUUUGCACAUGUUUAUAUGCAAAAAUAUGUCAAUGAGUCAAAUAAAUGUC